AUGGCCUUUACCCAGAAGGAAUGGGAGCAGCUGGAUCCUGUUCAGGGGAACUUGUACAAGGAUGCGAUGCUGGAGAACUACAGCAACCUGGCCUCAAUGGCAGGGUAUGAAACUCCCCAACCAAACAUGAUCUCCAAGUUAGAAAAAGGAAAGGAGCCAUGGUUGAGAAGGAGGAAGAGACCUAGUCAAGGUUGUCUGAGUGAAGUCAUGAGACAUAAGCAAAUUGUAGCCAAUGGAGAAGAAGCCCAGCAAGAUGAUGACGAGGUAGAAAAGCCCCAGGAAUCUCAAAACAAACUCGUUAGGGAAGACGCAUCCAAGAAGACAAUUCUGACUGUAAAGAAAGGCUUUGAGCAUAGUGCAUUGGGGAAAAAAAUUAAAGUGAAUGCAAAACAUGUUCCUUCCAAAAAGAGACUUCUUAAAUUUAGUUCACACGGGAAGAGUUUGAAACAAAAUGUCGACUUGCCUGUUCAUAUAAGAAACUGUGUAAAAAAGAAACCUGAUGCAGCUAAAGAACACAGGAAAUCACUCGGGCAUAGUUUACCUGCUACAAAGAAAGAGAAACCUGAGACUGGGAAGAAACGUGAGAAAUUAUCCAGCCAUAGCUCUUCUGCCAAGUGUGACAAAACUCAAGCUAAAGUGAAAUCCUAUGAAUGUAAUCAAUGUGGGAAGGUUCUCAGUCAUAAACAAGGACUUAUUGAUCAUCAUCGGAUUCAUACUGGGGAGAAACCCUAUGAAUGUAAUGAAUGUGGGUUAGCCUUUAGCCAAAAGUCUCAUCUUGUUGUACAUCAGAGAGUUCACACUGGAGAAAAACCAUAUGAAUGCAUUCAGUGUGGCAAAGCUCACAGUCAUAAACAUGCGCUCACUGAUCAUCUGAGAAUUCAUACUGGUGAUAAGCCCUAUGAAUGUACAGAAUGUGGGAAAACCUUUACACAUAGUUCAAACCUCAUGCAACAUGUGAGAUCUCAUACAGGUGAGAAGCCCUAUGAAUGCAAAGAAUGUGGAAAAUCCUUUAGAUAUAACUCAUCUCUGACAGAACAUAUGAGAACUCAUACAGGUGAAAUACCAUAUGAAUGUACUGAAUGUGGAAAAGCCUUUAAGUAUAGUUCAUCCCUUACAAAACAUAUAAGAAUUCACACAGGUGAGAAGCCCUUUGAAUGUAAGGAAUGUGGGAAAGCUUUUAGCAAGAAGUCACACUUAAUUAUACAUCAACGGACUCAUACGAAGGAGAAACCCUAUGAAUGUAAAGAAUGUAGAAAAACCUUUGGACAUAGCUCAUCACUUACUUACCACAUGAGAACUCAUACAGGUGAAAGUCCUUUUGAAUGUAAUCAGUGUGGCAAAGCUUUCAGACAAAUCGAAGGCCUUACUCAACAUCAGAGAGUUCACACUGGGGAGAAACCCUAUGAAUGUAAUGAAUGUAGGAAAUCAUUUAGCCAAAAGGCCCACCUUAUUGUGCACCAGAGAACCCACACUGGAGAGAAACCCUAUAAAUGUAGUGAAUGUGGAAAAGCCUUCAGUGCGAAGUCACAGCUUGUUAUACAUCAGAGAUCCCACACUGGAGAGAAACCCUAUGAGUGCAGUGAAUGUGGAAAAUCUUUCAAACAAAAUAUAUCCCUUACCAAACAUGUGAAAACUCAUUCAAAGUGA